UCUGCGGUGACAACAAUGAUACUAAUAGCAAAAAAAUCAGAUUUGAAGACGAAAUCGGUGAACCGAACCGGUCCAAAAUUUGGAACUAACCAUAGAAACGAACAAGAGAAAGAAGAAACGUCAGCAAUGGCGAUGGCAAUGCUUGUGUCUUCUCCAGCUUCAGCUUCACCGCUAACUGCACUCUCUCUCCUCAACCGCCAGCACCAAUCUUCAAUUUCAUGCAUUCAUCUACCUUCUCUCUCUCGCUCUUCACCGCCAUCGCUCUCUCACACCUUCAACCCCCUCAGGUCCUUCAUCGGUCACCACGGAAUCGCUAGCUUUGCCAAAUCCAGUACCGGUAACCGAAACGCCGCGUUUCGCAUCCAUUGUUACGCUCCCGCUCCUCUCCCUCCUCCCAAUCUCCGAUGGAUCUCUACCGUUUCGUCACUGGUUUUGAUACUGGCAAAAGGCACUGCGGUGCCGAAAUCGUAUAUUGUUCCGUUGUUUGCGUUGCAAGCACCUGCUGGUGUCGUUGCCUGGAUCAAAGGUAGAUAUGGUGUGUGGACGGCAUUCUUGGCACUUCUGAUUCGUCUAUUCUUCUAUAUUCCUGGUGAGCUUGAGUUGCCGUUUCUGGCAUUACUCUUGGUUAUGAUAGCUCCUUAUGAGGUUACGAAAUUAAGGCACACAAAAGAAGGUGCUGUGGUUUCAUUGUUGAUUGCGGUGUAUUUGGCUUUCCAGCACUUCUCAAGAACAAGCUUACAGCAAUCGUUUGACCAAGGUUCAAUUGUUGCCACCUUAGCUGUCAUUUCUAUCACUGUUGUAUCUUUGUUACUUCUGGUCUGAGUUGGAUUUUAAAUGAUACGCCCUAAUAUGUUGUAAAUAAGAACAAUCCUUGUUAGAAUGUUGAUAUAAAAAAUGUAUGGAUUAUGUUUGAUCCUCCA